AAUCACGACCAAACGAGGCCGCCAACUAAAAGGCGGCCCAUAUCUCCAGCUCCCACCAGGAACGCCUCUCUUUUCUUUGAAUCUGUGUUUCUUCUCUCUGUUGACAAUCCAAAACAAUCUCGGAAGAUCACAGUGAUUUGAUAAUGGGAACCUACAGAGCCGACGACGAUUACGAUUACUUGUUUAAGGUGGUGCUGAUCGGGGACUCCGGCGUUGGCAAAUCGAACCUCUUGUCUCGCUUUACACGGAACGAGUUCAGCCUGGAAUCUAAGUCCACCAUUGGCGUCGAGUUUGCCACUCGCAGCAUUCACGUCGACGACAAGGUCGUUAAGGCCCAGAUUUGGGACACCGCUGGCCAAGAAAGAUACCGUGCUAUUACAAGUGCAUACUAUCGGGGUGCUGUUGGUGCUUUGCUGGUCUAUGAUGUCACUCGCCAUGUCACGUUUGAAAAUGUGGAGAGAUGGCUGAAGGAGCUUCGCGAUCAUACCGAUUCCAACAUUGUUAUCAUGCUUGUUGGCAACAAGGCAGAUCUUCGUCACCUUCGAGCAGUUUCCACUGAAGAUGCCAAGGCUUUUGCUGAGCAAGAGAAUACCUUCUUCAUGGAAACAUCUGCUCUCGAGUCUUUGAAUGUUGAAAAUGCAUUCACAGAAGUGCUGACCCAGAUUUAUCGCGUCGUAAGCAGGAAGGCCCUUGAUGUUGGAGAAGACCCAGCAGCUUUGCCCAAAGGGCAGACAAUCAAUGUUGGAACCAAAGAUGAUUUAUCAGCCGUAAAAAAGGUUGGAUGCUGUUCUUCUUGAGUGUGGAGAAAAGAGUUGAAGAAUAUUGUCUGAGAGCCAAUGCCCUGUUCAUAUCUUUAUAGAGGUAUGCCUGACCAUCUGAAAUUGUAUGUCAACAAAAUUCUUUGACUGCUUUGAGCAUGGAAAGAGAAAUUUUAUCUACUGUCUCCACUCUCCACCUUAGUGGUCUAAAUUCUAAAAGAUUGUAGCAGCCAUAUUUCAUUUUCUGAUUUAUUUGCUCUGUUAAUGAUUCUGUAUAUUUACUUGGAACAUAUUGCGUAUCCUACAUGACUACGUGAAUUUGAUUAUAGCAAUUAGAUGAUUGAGGCUGUCAGACAAAACAGCAUCAUGAAUUUGGAAAUUAGAAGAGCCUCAUUUUGAUCA